CUACCAGUGAGGAGUGUCGCUGCCAAACCAAGAGGAGUGAGUGUGUGUGUGUGUGUGUGUGUGUGUGUCCGGUGUGUGGCGUGAAGGAGAAGUCCGACACCGCGAAGUUAGCUUGACUGCAGAAAUGACCAAACACACUCCGUCACUUUCAGACGACAGCGGACAACGAGUCGGGGACGUUUAGUCGACGGGUAACUCGUUAACUUCCUCUGACUACUCUCCUUGUCCGUGGUUGUGUCCUCGGUCCUGGGAAUGUCUCCGCCGCAGUGAAAGUGUGUGGACCGUGUUUUUACUGCGUCAGUGGACCGUGAUGCGUUUCAACGAGAAGGAGCUGGUGUCUCUGAGCCGCCAGCCGUCAGAGAAGGCGGCCGAGCUGGGGAUGAGAGGACCGAAGAAGGGAGAUGUUGUGAAGAAGAGGCUGGUUAAACUCAUCGUUAACUUCCUCUUUUACUUCCGGACUGAUGAGGAAGAGCCAAUUGGAGCUUUGCUGCUGGAGCAGUGUCGGGUGGAGAGGGAGGACAGCCAGACCUUCUCUAUUGCAUUUCUAGAUGAAGCAGAGAGGAAGUAUCAGUUUGAGUGUGACUCUGAAGAGCAGUGUGGCGAGUGGGUCGACGCCAUUAUCAAGGCCAGUUACGAGUUCAUGAGGAAGAACCUGAUAUUCUAUCGAACUGAAAUCCACAGGCUCACUGGCAAGGACCCUCUGGAGCAGUAUGGUAUAUCAGAUGAAACUCGCUUCCAGGUGAGCAACGGCCUGCAGCUCGUGGCUAGAGAUACCUCCUCCCUGUAGUCCUGCAUCCAGUGUCCAGAUGUACUUUAUUUCAUUUUAGUUCAACCUGCCAUUCCAACAUUCACUCCUCACUGGUUUGAAAAAGUUACUUUAAGCGCUCAAGCUUGUUAGAUCUCUCACUGCGCUGAAUGUAUUUGCGUACCUCUUGAUAUUCUUAUGCUGACGCCAUGUAAAAGUGAUGGCUCUGAUUAUUUCCUCCAUGUCAUUGUCAAUCAUUACAGGUAACGUAGGGCUGUAGUGGAAAACUCAACAACAUUGUCUUAUUUUCACUUUGCUUGGUUAAUUAGUUGUAUAAAACAUGUUUUAUACUGUUUUUUUUUUCUACUAGACAUACUGUUCUUUUUAGACAAUGUAAUUUUUAGAGCCUUUGAUUUUACUUGUGCUGUAGAGUGCGGCUGUGACUUUCUUUCAGGACUAUUUUAAUAUCAAGAUGACUUUGUUUAAAGAAAAUCAACCCAAGACAUCUGAAUAUUUCAUGUAAACCACUGUUAUGAAACAGGUGAACAGACAGGAUUUGAAGAAGUUCAUUGUUAUCACACACCUUGCCCAAAUCAGAAAACCUUCAGCAGCAUUCACUGUUCUGAUUUUAACUGCAUGGGCCCUUCAAUCUGCUGAGUUGAGCCUCUCGUUUCACUUUUUUUAUGUGAAAACAAAAAAAAUGUUUAGCUACUAUUAAUAUGCAUUCAUCAUGUAGCCCAUUUAGUUUAAAAAACUAUACAUUUGCACAUUACUGGUUGUUGAGGGUUGUUUUUUUGUUAUUAUAAUUUCAACAAUGUACUUGAACAUACUGUACCUUUUUCUGUGGCACUUUCCUUUAGCUAAACUGUUGGACCAUGUUGAGAUACCAGACUCCUGAUGGGAUUUAUUAAAAAAUACGUUAAUAUUAAUAUACAGUGUGGCAUUGCUGGAUGCUGCUUAUUUGUCAAAAUGUUUUUUUUCCGGCAGUCGGGAGUCUAUAACCACAAAGAGGAUAUGCCACUGAAUGUGUUUUAUUUUAACCUGCUGCACAUCAAAUGUGUUGAGUCUGUUUUUACUUCGUGUUAGAUUAUACUUGUUUCACUGGCAUCCUAUUUUUUUUUUAACUAAUAAAACCAUUUGAAAAAUACAAAUAA